AUGGCACGCCCUCAUCUCACGUCGCAUCACGUCAACUACCUAAUAUGGAGGUAUCUUCAAGAAUCAGGUCAUGGUGAAGCGGCUGUGACCCUGCAGCGCGCAUGGAAUCGUGAUCCACAAAGUUUGCCUUUUGCUCCUUACAUCAAAACUCAUGCGCUGGUGUCGCUGGUCCAGAAAGGAUUACAGUAUCACGAAUUAGAGCAAUCUGUCGAUAAGGAGGGAAAUCAAGUUCCAUUAUCAGCGUCAAAUUAUUUUUUCGGACCAGCACCGCUGGAGCCGGAGAUCCCCAAAAAUCCAGGUGGCCCGGGUGAAGCAGCUGUUGGCGGCACGGACCAGGCGCCUGUCUCGCCUACAAGCAAAGCCCCUCGAGACAGCGCCGUGAUCAACGGUCAUCUGACCGCCGAGACUGCCGCGCCCGCAGACGCCCCCCCUGUUAAGAAAUCUCGCAAGAGCGAUCGUGGGGAAACCAAUGGCGAUGAAACGCCUAUGGAUGUCGAUUCCAAUGGAGUUACUACCCAUGAGAAUAAUAAUAAUGUUAAGCCGGUGGUUGAUGACGAGUCACCCGCCGUAGCCGACCCCGUGGUGGAUGACGACGGAGAUGUGAACAUGGGCAGCCGACCGGAGUCGCAGGACCAGGAACCGGCCGCGCCAACCUUUACGCUGACCACUGGACACAGCGUUGGCGUCCAGAUCACCCCCGCCAAGGCUGCCGACCUUAGCCCCGACACCGCCGUUCUGGAUGUGGCGAGUGAUGCCCACGUGACCCGCUCGUUGUGGCGCCCCAGCGACCCGACGGUUGUUGUUGCCGCCGGCGACUCGUUUUGUAGCUUAUGGAAGAUGUCCUCGACUGCCGCUCCGGUGCAAGAGAAGCUUGUCGAGAGCAAAGGCGAUAACACUUGCGUUUCGGCGGUCGCCUGGGACCCAAUGGGCCAGAAAUUGGCCGUCGCCACCUACAACGACAUGAGAGGGUCCAUCACCAUGUAUGAUGUGGCCGGGAAUGCCGUCGAUCUCCUACCCGAAGUACCUCGCAUGAUUACUGGACUUCAUUGGGCCGAAAGUGGUUCUCAUUUGAUCGUUGUGGCGUCCGAUAGUAAAGUCUCCGAGCUGGCUCUCUGGGAUGAUUCGCUGCGCCCGGAUGAGUUUCCUUCUCCGCAGGUGGUCGAGGGAUCGUUGUAUGACCUCUCCUGGGCCGGCCGUUCCCAAGCCUACGGGUGUGGAAAUGGAGCCGUCUAUCAGUGUGAUGUUGACUCCAGCAUAAGAAUUGCCAAAACAUACACAUCUGAAGAUUCCAGCAGACCCUGGACUUUCAUUAGUUGCGCAACUGCCGGCUCCUCAUCCGUGGCGGUAGCCGCUUCAUCCUGCGACGCUGCAUUCUGGGUUCCAACCCACGAUAUGAAACUAGAUCAGGUACAUGAUGGCGACAUCACGUCGAUCGAACUGAAACCUAACGCGUCCGAUCCAUCCCAAUCAAAUCAGCCGCUAGUCCUGGCUUCAUCGUCUACGGACGACACCGUCAAGAUCUGGCAUAUUGAUUUAGACUCAAAACGGUUCGAGUGCGUUCACCGACUGGUCUUGGGAGCUAGCUCUCCCGCCCUUGCUAGUGGCUUCUCCCCUGACGGGUACGCCCUCGCUGCCGCCAGCAAAGAUCAAUUAUUCAUCUGGAACGCCCAGCGUGGUGGUACUCCAUUAGCAACUUGGACGAUUCCAGGCUCCCAAGAAACCAAGAAGGAAGAAGAACAACAUAGUCCAGUUACAAAUGGACAUAACGGGAAUGCAGACUCUGCUCCCGAUCGAUCUCUCGCAUGGGACACUGACAGUAAACGGCUCACGUUUGGUUUUGGCAAACAGAUGGCGAUCAUCAACCUUCAGCGCUGA